ACCUGGGCGCGGCCUGCUGAGAGGACCUGAGCACCCUGGAGUCCCCGGCUUGUGGGGACACGGGCACCAUGAACGACGGGGCCAUUGUGAAGGAGGGCUGGCUGCACAAACGAGGUGAAUAUAUCAAAACCUGGCGGCCACGCUACUUUCUCCUCAAGAGCGACGGCACCUUCAUCGGCUAUAAGGAGCGGCCGCAGGAUGUGGACCAGCGGGAGUCCCCCCUCAACAACUUCUCUGUGGCACAAUGCCAGCUGAUGAAGACCGAGCGGCCCAGGCCCAACACCUUCAUCAUCCGCUGCCUGCAGUGGACCACGGUCAUUGAGCGCACCUUCCACGUGGAGACGCCCGAGGAGCGGGAGGAGUGGACAACAGCCAUCCAGACUGUGGCUGAUGGACUCAACAGGCAGGAGGAGACCAUGGACUUCCGGUCAGGCUCACCCAGUGACAACUCGGGGGCUGAGGAGAUGGAGGUGUCCCUGGCCAAACCCAAGCACCGUGUGACCAUGAACGAAUUUGAGUACCUGAAGCUGCUGGGCAAGGGCACCUUUGGGAAGGUGAUCCUGGUGAAGGAGAAGGCCACGGGAAGAUACUACGCCAUGAAGAUCCUGAAGAAGGAGGUCAUCGUGGCCAAGGUGCUGGAGGACAAUGACUACGGCCGGGCGGUGGACUGGUGGGGGCUGGGCGUGGUCAUGUACGAGAUGAUGUGCGGCCGGCUGCCCUUCUACAACCAGGACCACGAGAAGCUCUUCGAGCUCAUCCUCAUGGAGGAGCUGCGCUUCCCACGCACACUCGGGCCUGAGGCCAAGUCCCUCCUGGCAGGGCUGCUCAAGAAGGACCCCAAGCAGAGGCUCGGAGGAGGCUCUGAGGAUGCCAAGGAGAUCAUGCAGCACCGCUUCUUCGCCAGCAUCGUGUGGCAGGAUGUGUACGAGAAGAAGCUCAGCCCGCCCUUCAAGCCCCAGGUCACGUCCGAGACGGACACCAGGUAUUUUGACGAGGAGUUCACAGCCCAGAUGAUCACCAUCACGCCCCCAGACCAAGAUGACAGCAUGGAAUGUGUGGACAGUGAGCGGAGACCACACUUCCCCCAGUUCUCCUACUCGGCCAGCGGCACAGCCUGAGGCCCGGGAGAGGCCACGCAGCCCUGUGGCCCUGCACAGCCGACACCUCCGGACAGCCAGCGGAGCUCCUCGCCAAGCAUCUGG